AACCCCGACAUUAGUGAGCUAAGUACUUAACCUACUAGCUAGCUAGCAAGCUAACUAACAUUAGCUUAGCUUAAAAGCAGUUUGUUCUGCGCGGAAAUGAUCGAUUUCUGCUCUGACAUGUUUGUUUUUAACUUCAAGAUCUGAAAUAUUAAGAAAACCUCACUGUGUUAAGACUACUGUCACUUUGAUAAACUGAAUACAAGUCCAUAUAUGCAGUGUUGCAUCACUGCCAGCGUCUGCAGUUUAUCAAAAUGAAAGAUUUGCAUUGAUUUCAUGCCAACUUUGAUCAGAUCAAGCACAAAUAGGGUUGGGUUCCUGAGACAAAAUGUCGGAGUGACUGUUUCUUGUAAGAUCAGGUCAGCAAACACAAUAAAACAACUUUCUGUUAGCUACCUCAUGUUGAUUCUAGAUUGAGAGACUAACCCCGCUCCCUGUGUUAAGAUUUCAGUUUUAUUUUAAAGUACCUCUUUUUGUUAAGUUCUCUUAUGAUUGCAUGACAACUGCAGCGUGGCAUAUGAGUUCUUUAUUAGUCUUAUUUGGUCAGGUUACACACUCACUGGCCCCUUUAUCAGGUACACCUGUGCAACGGCUCGCUAAAGCAAAUAUCUAAUCCGCCAAUCACAAGGCAGCAACUAAAUGCAUUUAGGCAUGUAGUUCAAACAGAGCAUCAGAAUGGGGAUGAAAGGUUAUUUUAAGUGACUUUGAACGUGGCAUGGUUGUUGGUGCCAGACGGCUAGUCUGAGUAUUUCAGAAACUGCUGAUCUACUGGGGUUUUCAACACAACCAUCUCUAGGAAUGGUCAGGAAAAGAGAACAUAUCCAGUGAGAAGCAGUUCUCUGCGCCAGAAUGCCUUGUUGAUGCCAGAGGUCCGAGGAGAAUGGACUGGUUCAAGAUGAUAGAAAGGCAACAGUAACUCAAAUAACCACUCGUUACAACCAAGGUAUGCAGAAGGCCAUCUCUGAACCACAUCAUGUCGAACCUUGUCAGCUAAGAACAGGAAACUGAGACUACAAUUUGCACGGGCUCACUAAAGCUGCACAAUAGAAGAUUGGAAGAAUGUUGCCUGGUCUGAUUAGUCUAUAUUUCGGCUGUGACGUUCGGGGUAGAGUCAGAAGUUGGCGUAAACAACAUGAAAGCAUGGAUCCACCCUGCCUUGUAUCAACAGUUCAGACUGGAGGUGGUGGUUAAAGGUGUGGGGGAUAUGUUAUUGGUAUACUUUAGGCACUUUGUUACCGAUUGAGCAUCGUCUAAAUGCCUCAGCCUACCUGAGUAUUGUUGCCGACCAUAUCCCUCCCUUUAUGCCCACAGUGUACUCAUCUUCUAAGGGCUACUUCCAACAGGACAUGUCACAAAGCUCAAAUCGUAUCAAACUGCUUUCUUUAACAUGACAAUGAGUGCACUGUCCUCAAAUGACCUCAACAGUCACCUGAUCUAAAUCCUAUAGAGAACUUUUGGGUGCUCAAUAUGGACCAAAAUCCCUGAGAAAUGUUUCCAGCUCCUUGUUGACUCUAAGCCACGAAGAAUUAAGGCAGUUCUGAAUAUAAAAGUGGGUCAAACACCGGAACUAGCAAGAUGUACCUAACAAAGUGGCCGAUGGUAUUGAUCGAGCAGUGACAGAUUGCAGGAGCUGGAAAGUUUAGUUUCACAAUGGCAGAUGGAGGCAGCGAUGAUGAGGUCAUUCACCUGGCGAGCUUCAACGUCCACCGCAGCCAAGGCUCCCGCUCCCGUAAGAGGGAGCUCAUCACCAUCUCCGAUGACUCAGAUGAGGAGCCUGUGACUCUGGUGCCGAGCAGCCCUGUUUUAGUUCCAGAUGAUGACGACGUCAGCAUAUUAGAGCCGCUCACACCUGCUCGCAAACACGUGAUUCGCCCAGCCGCCAAAUGGAGUGGGGCGCUGCGCGUCCCGGUUCAAAUUUUCGAUCACAGUAGCGAAACUCCUGGGGUUCCCUCAGCGGACCCUGGUCCCGCCCCCUCUACCUCCAGAGACGCCACAGCCAGCUCCUCCGCAGCGAGGCUGGCCACACGGACACACACAGCGGUGCAGACGAGUGGAUACACACAGUCACACCCCGGCACCUCGUCACACACACACACUCAGCCAAAACCCAACAGGAACUCGCAGCAGCAGGACGGUACGCCAGCACACACAAAAGAGGAACCCCACUCAGUUCCCAUCCAAACCCCAUCUACCUCUGCAAACGCCAACACAUCCAUUACACCAGGAAUAAAUCUGCCUCAGCCUAGCACAUCUGGACUCACACACUCUUCAGUCAGGGGGGGGGCGAGUUCCUCCUCCAGUGCCACACGCUAUCGUUCUGUAUCAAGUUCUUCUACUAAGACUAAAGAACAGGCGAGCGCUCAGUCACAUGACAACCCUCAGGCCAGCACUUCCUCUGCUCACACGCGGAUGCUGUCUCAGCCCGGUACAUCUUCACAGCCCCCCCCCACCACCACCACCACCUUACAGCAGUGCGUCAUCGUGUCGGGGGUCAAAAUAGUGGUUCUUCCGCAGCAUCCGAGCACCCAGGCCUCGGCUCCACAGCUGCAGCUCCGGCCUCAGAAUGUGCUGCAGCCGGUGUCGCUCAACCGCCUGCAGGGGAACCUCGUUCAGAUGGAGCUGCGGCCCCUGGCUCAGGCCCCCGCCCAGCCUGCAGCCCACCCCCCUCUCCCCCCCUCAGGUGUCCCGGUCCGCGCCCCCCCUGCAGUGCUAAUAGCUGCAGCCCCGGAGAGACUGGGCCCUCCUGAGGCGGGUCACCGGAUCAUCUUAGGGAGCCAAGCGCCCGGGGAGCACCUUCCCAACGCCCCCCCGCAGGCCGGCCCCUCCGGAGGGCUCCCAGCAGCCUGGUCCCACCAGCGGGGCCCCAUCAGCCUCCACAUCCGGGCCCCUAACUUGGUCUUGAACGCUCCCGCUCCUCCAGCUCCUCCAGCUCCCGCAGCUUUGGUUGCCGGGGGAAACGCUCGUCUCGUUCCUGCUCCAAACCCAGAAAGAGUUAACCCCACCCUGGGACUGGUGGCCGUGCCGCCCGCUGCGGAGGACGCCCCCCGAAUCGAGGACGCCAGGCCCGGCCCCUCCGCAGCAGGAGGGAGGGCCGAGCUGCUGCCCCACGUCAGAGCCCUCAUCACUGGGGUGUUGGAUCUUUUCCCAGACGUCCUAGAAGCCUAUGUAGCAGAACUGAUCCAAACGAAUACUGUGAUGGACUUGAAUGUGAUCUGUAACCUGCUGUUGGAGAACCCUGAGUAUCCAAGGGGCGGGGGUGCAGCGAACCUAGCCCCCACCAGCAUCCUGCUGGAGUCUGGAGACACCCAGACAGAGGUGACCGAAGACCUGUUUGACUUUAACAAACUGGGCACGGUGGGGCUGGAGGCGUCCAUGCAGGCGGCCGACCUGCUGAUGGCAGACUUCAGGAUGCUCAGCUGUCAGGACAUCAAAUGGUCCCUCAACGCUCUGAAGGGACACUAUGCAAUCACACGCAAGGCCUUAUGUGAAGCGCUGAAGAAGAGGCAGGAAUCAGGCGACCCUUCAGGGAAGAGAAGAAGAUGCAGAGCCCCCUCCUCCGAGCGCUGCUACGUAGACUUUAAUUUUGAGCAUGCAGGCUCUGUGAAGUUUGAGAAGAGGAUGUAUUUCCUGGAGAGCGACCGACGCUACUGCAGGAGGUACAACAGUCUGGAAGCUUCUGUGCAGAAUGAGCUAACCUUCUACAAGCAGAAGGCCAAGGAGUGGGCCGAGCAUGAGGACUUCCUACUGGCUCUGCAGGUCAAUGAAGACGAGUACAAGAUGGACGGGCAGCUGAUCGAGUGCGGCUGCUGCUACGGGGAGUUUGCGUUCGAGAAGAUGACGCAGUGUUCAGACGGACAUCUGUUCUGUAAAGAGUGCCUCGUGAAAUACGCUCAGGAGGCCGUGUUCGGCUCGGGGAAGUCGGAGCUGAGCUGCAUGGAGAGCGACCUGCAUUUGUUGUUUCUACCGGUGUGUGAGCUGGAGAAGGUCUGCAGAGAACUGUUUCUGUAAAUUACUACGAGAGGCAGGCGGGAGGAGGCAGGUCGUGCACCUGCGUUUGAUGAAC